AUGUGUGUGGAUGGAAAUCCGCUACUCCAUAUGCGUAGUCAACAGAGCGACUGCAGCUGGGUCUAUAAUAGUGAACUGACAGAGGUCUAUUUUGACGCAAUGAAUGAGGUGUGCACAGCUGGACUCACAUUUGAGGAAAAGACCAUGUUGAUUACUGGAUGUGGCCGUGGCUCCAUUGGCAGUGACAUCUUAAAGGGUCUUCUCUCUGGAGGUGCAAAGGUAGUCGCCACUACAUCCAGCUACAGCCACAAGACAACGAUGUACUUUGAGGAAAUAUACCGGCAGUAUGGAGCCCGUGGAUCAGACCUGCAUGUGUUCCCAUUCAACCAAGGAUCGGUUGCCGACAUUGAAAGUCUUGUGGACCAUAUCUUCAGCAGAAAUGGGCUGAACUGGGAUCUCGACUUCAUAAUUCCAUUUGCCUCUGUUUCUGACAUUGGCAGUGACAUGGCCUCGCUUGAAUCGCAUUCAGAGCUUGCACUUAGAGUCAUGAUGACGAACCUUAUGCGUUUGGUUGGUGCAAUUGCGACAAUUAAGUCAAGUAAGGGGCUAGAUAUUUCUCCAAGUUUAGUACUGCUACCGCUUUCUCCAAACCAUGGUUGCUUUGGUGGUGAUGGAUUUUAUGGUGAAUCCAAGGCAAGUCUUGAGACAUUGCUUAAUCGGUGGAAGUCGGAAACAUGGUCAAAAUAUAUAUCUGUCAUUGGAGCAGUCAUUGGAUGGACACGAGGGACAAAUAUGGUGGAUGCCCUUGAUGUCAUUUCCUACGAGGCUGAAAGACGUGGCACGCAGACGUUCUCAACAAAUGAGAUGGCCUUCAACAUUCUCUGUCUGCUUCACUCAGAUAUUCAAGAUCUUGCCAAUACCAUCCCCCUUUUUGCAGAGCUAGAUGGCGGUUUCCAAGCAAACAUCAGUCAAAUGAGUGGUUUACUUAGAUAUCGUUCUGACUUGCUCAAUGCCUCAGCUAGCAGGAGGCACGCAUCAUACACCAUAGCAUAUGAUAAUCAUAUCAUCACAAAUGGCAUGCUGAGCAAGAUAUAUACAUAUCAUACUUCAAAUCUGUUGGCUUACAAUAGCAUUAGGCUACCCAAAGUUAAAUCAUAUGACCAGCUUCACAACCUACGCUACCUAGAAGGUAUAAUCAACCUUGAUAAGGUAGUGGUUGUGACUGGCUAUGGCGAAUUUGGUCCUCAUGGUCAUUCCAAUACUCGCUGGGAGAUGGAGGCACAGGGCAAGUUCUCACUUGAAGGGUGCAUCGAGCUGGCCUGGAUGAUGGGCUUGAUCAGGCAUCAUAAUGGACUCUUACCGGCAGGUGACCACCCAUAUGUUGGGUGGGUUGAUGCCAGCACAGGCUUACCUGUCCAUGAUAGAGAUGCUAAAGCAAAGUAUGAACCCUAUAUUCUCGAACAUACAGGUAUCCGCACUCUAGAGCCUGCUACAAUUGGUGGGGCUGAUCCUAACAUAUUCACUAUGCUCCGCGAGGUGCAGGUAGUGCAUGAUCUGGAGCCAUUUGAGGCGACUGCUGAAGAGGCAAGGUAUUUUAGAGCUGGAAAUGGGGAUAAGGUUGACACUUGGGAAAACAGCGAUGGAUCGUGGUCAGUCAAGUUCCGCAGAGGCGCUCUCAUUUCUGUUCAGAAAGCUGUGCCAUUUGACCGUACUGCUGUUGGUCAGUUACCAACUGGAUGGGAUCCUAAGCGCUAUGGAAUACCCGAUGAUAUCAUUGAGAUUGCUGACCCUGUGACUAUCUACAGCAUCAUUUCAACUGUGGAGGCACUUUUACGCUCAGGCAUUACCGAUCCCUAUGAGCUCUUCAAAUACUUCCAUGUGUCAGAAAUCGGUAAUUCAACUGGAUCCUGUGCUGGUGGUACUGGUGCAAUGAAAGACAUAUUUGCGGACCAUAUGCUUGACAAAGAAGUGAAAACUAAUGCCACUCAAGAGCUAUUCAUCAACACUAUUGCAGCAUGGACAAACAUGUUACUCAUGUCGUCCUCAGGUCCGAUCAAAGCUACUGUUGGUGCAUGUGGAACAGUGGCCAUAUCACUGGAUGUUGCCGUGGAGACAAUCCAGUUGGGGAAAGCGAAGGUGAUGAUUGCUGGUGCAUCUGACUCGUAUUCGCGAAAUGUUGCCUCUACAACAGCGCAGAUUAAGGCAACUGCUGAUGCACUGGAGGAGCAUGCGAUAGGCCGUACGCCUAAAGAAAUGUCUCGCCCUUGCACAACCACCCGCAGUGGGUUUGUUGAAAGUAUUGGGUCGGGAAUGCUGAUUCUGAUGUCUGCAAGUGCUGCAAUUCAGUGCGGAGCGCCCAUAUACGGCGUUCUUGCUAUGACAGCGACUGCAACAGAUAAGGAAGGCCGCACAGUACCUGCACCAGGUCAAGGGAUUCUGACGACAGUUCGGGAGUCACCGAGCGCAAUACCUUCGCUCAUGCUUGAUUUCAGGUACCGCCGUCGCAAACUUCAGGCUAAGCUGGCAGAUAUUAGUUCAUGGACACAAGAGGAGAAGGAGGGGCUACAGACUGAGCUUGAAGCUCUCAAAGUUUUGCAUGACAGUUCCAAGUUUGACGAUGAAGAGUUUGUGCGGUCAAACGAAGUCUGUAUUGAAAGAAAGGCACAGCAAAUGAUCAAAAAUGCACAAGACGAAUGGAGCAACGAAUUCUGGAGGAACGAUCCCGCCAUCUCUCCAUUGCGCGGCUCGCUAGCAACAUGGGGGCUGACAAUAGACGACGUUGACAUGGUGUCUCUGCAUGCAACGUCCACAGUUGCCAGCGAUAAAAACGAACCCCAUGUGAUCGACCAGCAGCUCAAGAAGCUUGGCCGCACACAUGGAUAUGCUCUUCCUGCAGUGUGCCAGAAAUGGCUGACCGGACACCCCAGAGGACCAGCGGCGGCCUGGAUGCUCAGCGGUGUGAUUCAGUGCAUGCAGACGGGAAUUGUACCAGGAAAUCGCAAUCUGGAUAACGUCAUGUCCGAACUUGUAGAGUGCAGCCACCUUGUUUUCCCGAGCAAGUCAAUCCAGACGCCAGGGAUUAGUGCCGCUCUUCUUACAUCAUUCGGAUUCGGCCAGGUUGGUGGAGAAGUUCUUGUUCUCCAUCCAGAUUUUGUGCAUGCAGUUCUUUCACAAGAAGCACUUGAUCAGUACCGCCGCAAGGUGAAAGAGCGCGAACAAAAAGCAAACCGCUACUGGCAGGAUGUGCUUGUUGGUAACCACACGUUUGUACAGGUGAAGAAUGCCCCGCCAUUCACACUUGAACAGGAGCACAUGUAUACAUGGACUCUACAGCAAGGGCCAAGGUAUGACCCAAUCUCCAGGACAUACCACUUCUAA